UUAUUUUAGUAAUUCAAGACAACCAAAUAUUAGUAACAUAAAUGAAGAUGAGUUAAAAAUUCCUGAUUUAACUGAACUUGAUAGCACAUAUUAUAACUUGGAUCCACAAAAAAUGUGGAAGCUAAAGAGUGAUACCAUUGUGGAAAAGUUAUAUACAAAUAUGCAAGAAAAUUGUCACAUGAAUCAUGCUUACAUUCAUUUAUCAUUAAUGACGUUGAUAAAGAAGCAAAGUCCUUAUUUAGUAAAGAAGACUGGGAUGAAAUAUUCUCCUUCAAAGUUAAAAAGAUACCAAAGAUUGUAUUAA